AGAUCGUACCACUACACUCCAGCCUGGUCGACAAAGCAAGAUUCUGUUUUAAAAAAAAAAAAGGCUGGGGGAAGUCGGGGACACACAGAGCCAGAGACCAGGGAAGGAAAUGAGGACAUGUUCUGAGGACAGAGAGAUGGAAUAGUGGGGAGGAGAAGGAGAGGCACAUUGGGUUCAGCAAAGAAGAAAGAAAGAUCACUUGCAGAAGCCAACAGUCUGCGAGGCUGGGGAGGAUGGAGAGUGGUUUGGGGUUUUGAGUUGGGGUCUAAGGUGAUCAAUUGUAGAAGCAUUACAUGAUGGCCUGAUUUCUUUACUCAGCCCCUUGGGUAGAUCUCAGCCCCCCACAUAGGUCCUUUUGUUGGAAAGGAAGGACUGAGUGGUCAGACGAAUCUGAGGAGGAGCCGGAGGAGGAGCCAGAGAAGUCGCGCACCCCUGAGCCUGAGGAGACCUGGGUGGUGGAGACGCUCCACGGGCUCAAGAUGAAGCUGAAGCGACGGCGAGUGUCGCCCGUGCUCCCUGAACACCACGAGGCCUUCAACAGGCUGCUCGAGGAUCCUGUUGUUAAAAGAUUCCUGGCCUGGGACAAAGAUCUGAGGAUAUCGGACAACUACCUCCUGGCAAUGGUCAUAGCGUAUUUUAGCCGCGCCGGCCUCUUCUCCUGGCAAUACCAAUGCAUUCAUUUCUUCCUGGCUCUCUACCUGGCCAAUGACAUGGAGGAGGAUAACCAGGCCCCCAAACAAGACACCUUCUACUUCCUAUAUGGGAAGAACCGCUCCCAGCGACUCUUGUUCCAUAAGCUUCGACUCCAGUUCAUUUGUUCCAUGCGCUGGAGGACUCGGGUUUCCCUGGGGGAGUUGGAGGAGGUGGGUGGAGCAUGGGAGGUGGAGGAGGCAGACCCACCCAAAGUCCUUGCUCUGAAGCAGAUCACUGGGGCUGACCAACACCAGGCCCAGCCAGGGGAGCUGUGGAUUUUCAGCAACAAGUUUACUCCAAUGCUAAUGGCAGACACCAUUAAGGACGAGAGCAGCCAUUUGUGCAGAUCAACUAGAAGAACCUGGACUGUUCUAGAAGGAGCUGAAUAG